GACCCCCCCGUCGCCGCGUCCACAGAGCAGCCGGCUGCGGCGGAGCACGGCGAGGCGGCAGAAGCUCCGGGCCACUUUGUUUACUGCAGCUGCGGGGUGACUUGCAAAGAGUCUGCUACAUCAUGGAGCAACAUGUUCAUCCUUGGCAGAGCUUGCGUCUGCAGCGCCUGCCCCGAGGGGGACAGCACGAUUUUUCUGCGCGGCUCCGCCAACCAGGACACAGCGCCUGGCACAGAGAGGGGUGCGAACUCGCCGGCGCGAGGGGAGGAGAAGCAGCCCGAGGAUGAAGUGCGUGCCGCUGCUGCAGUGCAGCCAGCUGCAGCUGAGUCCCUAAACAAG